GUAACAGUACGCCACCACCAGCAGUUUGUUGUGAUGACAGUUACUUGACAGUCAAUCUUCCCUGUCUGUCAUCUUCCCCGUCACUGUCAUCCUCAGGAGGAAAUGUCAGUCAGUAACUGAUUGACCUUGUAUACCUUCCCUGGAGGUCAAGCCAACCUUGAGAUGUGCUGAAAACGAGGCUAAUUUGCAGGCGAGGAGAGAUGCAAUGAAUAUGGGGUAACAGUGGGAGUAAGGCAAGUAGCAGGACAAGGAACAGUAGGAAGAGCAACAGCAGCAGGAGAGGAACAGCAAGGUAAUCAGCAACAGUAAUUUGAGCAGGAGAUCAUGCUUCUUGUAGCAGCUUGACAGGUGAAGCAACAGGAGGUACACGGUAGAUAAAAUUAAAAAAAAGACAAGAACAAAAGAAGCAGAACUCAAAGCUGCAACAGAAACGACAACAGCAGCAGGUUCUUAGAAACAGAGAGUCGUAGAAUAGCAACAAUACCAAGAAUAGCAUCAGGUCCAAGAGCAGAAACAGGACCAAGAACAGCAGUAGACCAAUAACAGCAGCAUCAACAUAAAACAGUAGCAGGAUGGACGCUGUUAACUUGGUUGUGGAGGGUUCACCAAUGGUUGCUACACUACUUCUGGCAGUACUGAUGCCCCUGACUCCAGCUUUCACUGAUUACUCUGGCUCUCUCGCUCCCACACACCUCAGCAAACUGCACAAUUGCUUACGGAAGGCAGCUCAGGUAACCAUGUGCAACAUUGUGAGAGAAAUUUAUUCCGAUGAACGUAUGUUCUCUGCAAGUGGAACGAUGUCUCUUACAGAGUACUGUAAACGAAUGGGUAUCAUUCCGGCGUUUGCGGAGGCUCACCAGCAUCUCUUGUUCUGUAACCUGAUGAUGGCAGAGUUCGAUUUUUCCUUUGGUUAUGAUGUUCUGACGAAAGUGUGUGCUAAGGUGUAUGAGACACUGGGCGAGGAAUGUCGAGGAAAAAUUAACGAUCUUCGUAAGAUGGUGAAUGAGGAGGUGUUUGAUGAGGACGCUGCUGCAGUGGUUGAGACAUUCAGAAGGACCCAGGCAGCCAUAUACAGAGGCCUCGGUCAAGUUAUACAAAGGGAUUUUAGUCAAAAUAUAGCUACAGUGGAAGAGAUUUUGAAAAGUUGUUUAGAUUCAGAAAUUCGAUGCGAAGAAGGACAAGUAAUAUGCGAAAGUGAUGUUACAACAUCAGGUAGAAAGUCACAGCUGAUCAUGAAGGGACGCAGUGAGCUAUCAGAACGCUAUGAGAAGCUGAGAGACCUCAAUCCUCGCACUUGGGCGAAAAGAGACGGCGCUAAUGAUAUCCAAUAUUUCCACAUUGAGAGAACCUUCACUCAACUGAAAAUUCGAGAAAGCAAGAAAGUAACUGAAGUGAAGGAUCUCUUAAAGUUGAGAAACGUGUCUGGGGAGGUUCCUUCAACGCUGUUGCUCUGUGGGUUGGCUGGCUCAGGCAAGACUUCGCUGUGUCGUUACCUCGUCUUCGACUGGCAAAGAGGAGGCACUGAAGUGGACACUCUUAACCUCUUCCAUCUCGUUUUCCUCAUCGAAGUUCGGAGAGUUCGUUCGAGUCGCCUCAGAGAGUUUCUGCUAGAUGAAGUAAUGCCAAACACCAGCGCUGGGGUGGAGAUGGAUCACAUCAUUCCUGCUUUGAAAGAAUUACAAGUUCUCUUUAUCAUCGAUGGCUACGAUGAGACAGACAAAAUAUCAUCUGAGCUUCUGGAAGAUAUAUUCGCCAAAUUUGGAGAUAAACGCAUCAUCAUAACCACACGUCCUGAGCUUCACAGAGAUGCUGUCUGUCUGGCCACAAGGCAUGAGGUCGAUUACCUCUCUCUUGAAACACGGGGAUUUGAUACCGAAAGACGUAACGAAUUUACGAGGAAAGUCUUCAGUACCAUGGAGCAAGACGUGAUGGAGAACCAAAAACAGACCAAAGAGUUCUUGCUGUAUAUCCACGAACGAAGGACUACGUUGGGCAGCUACCUAAAUCUUCCUCUCACUAGUGCUCUCCUUAUGCUAAGUUGGAGACACAAUCCUGAGGUGGUGAACCAGUCGACCACAGCUACUCGCCUCUACCAGGAGUUCUACCACCUUCUCCAAAACAAGCUCGCCGAGCGUUUGAGUAAAGAUUACAUAGGCGUCAAUGAGCUGCCGGAUGUGCUGGACAGUUUACUGCUCUGUCUGGGUGAGCAAGCCUGGACAAUGCUUAAUGAAAGCACUGUUUUAAUUUCAGAUGACUUUAAAAGAAAGAUUGAGGAAGAAUGUGAGAGAAAGAGAAUCAAAUUAAUCGAGUUAUUAUCAGGGUUUCACAUGUGUCACCUUCAUGAAGACCCUGAUGAGUGGAAGUUGAAAAUAUCCUUCCUCCACGACGCUCAGGCCAGCUACCUGGCAGCGACCUUCCUCGCCGAAUGUCUACGAAAAGGCAAGAUGAAGAUGCAAGACAUCGGAAACCAAGUGGGAGCCUCUCCGGGGCUUGAACAAGUCCUCCUUUUCCUGAUGGGUCACCUAGCUUUCCAAAAUGCUCUGACUAGUUCGACAGUGAAUGACAUUUUUAGCAUCAUGAAGAAAUUAGACAUUGAUCCCACAAACUACGAUUUUUGGUGGAAUAUAUUUGUGGAGAGUCACAGGCACCCUCAGGUCGGUACACUUCUCGCCCGAGACAAACUUUCGCACAAACACUGGCAGCUGAACGACACGAAUGCUGUCUCAGCUCUUAGACUUCUCAGCUUCACCCCAGUUAAGUUGGCGAGUUUAACCCUCGAUAUCUCCGCACUAACGGAGCCCUAUGAUAUACCUAGCUUCAUCCAGGCGCUGCAGGAAGUAGGCCAGAACUUAAAAAAACGACAGAAGAAACCUGUGAAGGUGGAACUGCAUCUCCGGCGCCAUAAUACUUGCGACAUCAAAACCUCCAAUAUUUUCCUGAAGGCGGUAUGUUCGUGGGGCGACCUAACCAGCUUCACAGGUUUCCUGGGAGAACAGCCUGAUGGGGAGGAACUGCUGGCGGGAUGCUGCAACCUUAAGACAAUACGGGUCAGAAUAUCUACCGUCGAAGCCUUUACGUCUCUCAGUAAUAGUCUCAAGAAAAUUCACAAGAGUGUCAAGAGCCUGCAUGUAACACUGGCUCUCCCCGGCGAGUGCCCAGUCGAGGCACUUUCAGAGCUAAGGCACAACGGCAAUCUCGAAAUCAGUGUUGUAGCCACGAAGGAUGGACAGAAGGAGUGGAUGGAGUCUAUCGUCAAGACAAUAGGCGGAAGAGGCGGGUGUUGGCGUCUGAGUCUGCCAGACUGUGACAUGACCUACGAUGGCUUGGAGUGGCUGGUCACGCACCUUAAAGGACACGUCCACGACAAGAUAUCCAUCGAAACCGUAGGAUGAUAAUAUUAAAGACAUGACCCCACGGCUCCAGGGACUCUCCAAGCUACGAGGACUAUGGGUGGUGACCAUGGGUGGUGACCAUGGGUGGUGACCAUGGGUGGUGACCAUGGGUGGUGACCAUGGGUGGUGACCAUGGGUGGUGACCAUGGGUGGUGACCAUGAGUGGUGACCAUGGGUGGUGACCAUGGGUGGUGACCAUGGGUGGUGACCAUGAGUGGUGACCAUGGGUGGUGACCAUGGGUGGUGACCAUGAGUGGUGACCAUGGGUGGUGACCAUGAGUAGUGACCAUGGGUGGUGACCAUGGGUGGUGACCAUGGGUGGUGAUCACGGCAAGGAUGAACAGUUUAAUUAAUCAUGCUGUGGCUAUAAACUCAUUAUUCUGAAACAAGCUUUCAGUGGAACAACGUUACGCUCACGGAAGAGCUUCAUCGAUACUUAAUAAAGCUCUGCACACAGCGAAACGUUGUACGAAUGAAAGCGUGUUCUUUAUUGUAUCCUCAGAGACACACCCAGCGUGGGUAUCAUGGCUAUACACAAAU